AUGUGGCAGCCUGACUUAUGGAAGUUGCCAAGGCGAAAAUGGAAUAAAAUACACAAGAAGACUGUGGAACAAAAUUACCAAAUGAGAAAGAAAGAACCAGCUCCACACCCUGACUAUAAUGCAGCUUUUUCAGUAAAUGAAAUCAAGGUGGCACUUGGCAACAUUAAAUCGGUAAGGCAGAGAAUUAUAUCAAAAUGGCUAAAGUAUUCAACCUUGAAAUCAUUAAUAACUACUUUUUACGAGGAAACUAAAGUUCUAGAACAGAUGUUGUCUGAAAAACGCGAAAGCAAAUCUUACGGCUUUCAGAAAAAACGAGUCGAAGUUAAUGAAAAAGCAAAGACGGCGAUAAACGGGAACGAUGACGUAGAUAAUAUUUGUCGAAAACCAAAAACUCUAAUCGAAAUUCUACUAGAAAAUGAAGAUCAAAUGUCAAAGAAAACAUUAAGGCACCAUUUAAUUACAAUGGCAAAUGUUAAUAUUAUGACUUUAGCCGGACAUGACACGACCGCAAUAACAAAUACAAUCGUCAUAUUCAUGCUGGCUCAUCAUCAAGAUGUUCAAAACAAUGUUUUACAAGAAAUAAAUUCAAUAUUUUCGGCUGGUGAUCCCAACCGACCGCCUACGUACGAGGAUUUACAAAAAAUGGAAUACUUAGAACGCGUGAUCAAGGAAACUAUGCGGUUGUAUCCAGCUGCACCUAUAUUGGCCAGAAAAAUAAAAAACGAAAUGAUGAUCGGAAAAUACUUAAUCCCUGCAGACACGAAUAUUUUGAUUCCUAUUAAUAGUUUGCAUUUAAACCCGCAUUACUAUAAGGAACCAGAGUUAUUCAAUCCAGACAACUUCUUGCCUGAAGUGUGUCGCAGUCGUCAUCCUUAUGCGUACCUUCCAUUUAGUGCAGGCUCCAGAAGCUGUGUUGGAAUGAAAUACGCAAUGUUUCAAAUGAAAACUGCGAUAUCUACGCUUGUUCGGUCCUUUCGCUUUUCUCCAUCAGAAAAAUGUCCUUUGCAGAGGGAUCUCAGAAUUACUUAUGCCGUAGUGCUGAAAUUUGUCGACGGAUGUUACGUUAAUAUAGAAUCGAGAACAUAA